AUGUCUGUGUGGAGCUGCCACCCCGUGGCUGAGCAUUACCUGCUUGGUUUGCUUCACUCACUGAAGGUGGUAGCCAGCGGAGGGGCCGGCCUGGACCACCUGGAUGUACCGUUCAUCACCAGCCGAGGGCUGAGGGUGACCAACGCGCCCGGUCAUCAACUAGCUGGGGACCCUAAAACCACCCACAUACCACAAAGCCUGAUGGGAGAGAUUGGUUACAAAAUAGCUCAGAGAAGCAAAGGAUUUGACAGGAUGAUGAUUCUGUAUCAUAACGGACCAGAAGUAGUAGUAGUAGAUGAGCAGGCGGCGGGAGCGACUUUCUGCGAGAGCCUGGAUGACCUGCUGAGGAGGUCAGACUUUGUCGUGCUGGCUGUAAACCUGACGCCCAACGCAACAGGCCCCUCCGGCCACACAGAGCCGUCCCUCACCAGACCCACAGCCACACUGGUCACCAUCAGCAGAGGUCUAGUUAUGGACCGGGGCGCCUUAGUCGGAGCUCUCCAGUCUGGAACGAUUGAUGCGGCAGCAUUAGACGUCACUUACCCUGAACCUUUGCCAAGGUCUCUUCCCAUCAUCGCUUUAUUGUAG